GUGUGUUAGAACACAGAGCAAGUGGGACUGUUAAUGUGUGUCACACGGCAAAAGAGGAAGGGAGAACAUUUCAAAUGAAGUUUAAACACCUAAUUGGAGCUACAACGUAUUUUUAUCCAAAAAAGGAAUACUUUUAGAUUUAUGGGAGACCAGGAGAACAUUUGGAGCAGCCCAUAGAUCAUGGAGAAUGUGAGCACGCCUGCCUCGUUCAACCUAUCGGACCUACCAGUGGAGAUGAACUCGUCGUCUCACCAGUGGUCUUACUCGGAGUACAGCGAGGCUGAGGCAGUGCUGCUGGGCAUCAUCAUGGCCCUGCUGGUAUUGGGCAUCGUCUUUGGCAACGUGCUGGUCAUCACUGCCAUCGUGCGCUUCCAGCGGCUGCAGACAGUCACCAACAUGUUCAUCACUUCUCUGGCCUGUGCUGAUCUGGUCAUGGGCCUGCUGGUGGUGCCCUUCGGCGCCUGCUACAUCCUCCUCAACACCUGGCACUUUGGCAGCUUCCUGUGCGAGUUCUGGACGGCGGCAGACGUCUUGUGUGUGACGGCUAGCAUCGAGACGCUGUGUGUGAUCGCGCUGGACCGUUAUCUGGCCAUCACAUCGCCGCUGCGCUACCCGUCCCUGCUGACCAAGCGCAAGGCGUGCGUGGUGGUUGUGACGGUGUGGGGCGUGGCCGCCCUAAUCUCCUUCCUGCCAAUCCACAUGAAAUGGUGGGUGUCUGACGAGCCCGAGGCGCUCAGCUGCCUGGAGAACGCCCACUGCUGUGACUUCAACACCAACGCUGCCUACGCCGUUGCCUCCUCCGUCGUCUCCUUCUACAUCCCCCUGGCGGUCAUGGUCUUCGUCUACGGACGCGUCUUCCAGGAGGCCAGGAAGCAGCUGCAGAAGAUCCGCGGCAGCGAGGGACGGUUCCACGCCCAGAUGAUCAACAACAACAAGGGGCAGGAUGGGGGGGGAGGGGGGAACGGGAAGAGGCCAAAGUUCUGUCUGAAGGAACACAAAGCCCUGAAGACGUUGGGGAUCAUCAUGGGAACCUUUACUCUCUGCUGGCUGCCAUUCUUCGUGCUCAAUGUGGCAGUGACCAUCUGGAAGGUGGACAACAUUAAAAUGCCAUUCAGGAUAUUGAACUGGAUAGGAUACGCCAACUCAGCCUUCAACCCCCUCAUAUACUGCAGGAGCCCUGAGUUCAGGUACGCUUUCCAAGAGAUUCUGUGCCUAAGAGGGACUGCUUUCCCCACUAAUGAAUACAUAUACAGAGGACACAGCUUGCAGGUUAGCCCUAAGGAUAAGCCAGGCAGCUCUAUACAUGAUACUGGGACCAUGGAGCUGAGUACUGGCUCCCGGUCUAGUGUCACCAACAAAAACAGGAAUUGCAAUAAACCUUCACUUGCCUCCAUUGUCUGAAGCGCAGGGUGUUACCAGGAGACUGGUCUUUCUCAUUUAGUCAGACCUGGUGAGCAGACAUGGGAUAGGAAAUUACAUGUGAAUCUAUUUCCAUACUUAAAUGUGUUACUAUAAGAAUAUUAUUCUAGUAAUGUGUAGGUUAUUAAAUGUUAUAUGUUUCAUUUUAAUAUUGAACAGUCUGCAAAAGACUUAGGAAGUAUAUUGUUUGUGGACUUGAUCAUGUGUACGUGUGGUUUUGUAGACAUGAGUAUGUGCACAUGUCAUGUACUCUAGUGCUUGUGUCUGUGUGUAUUUCAACACCAGGGUUCAGGUACUAAGUUCAUGUCUCCAGUUUGGUUGCACAAAAAACAAAAAAAAUCUACCUCAUUAGCAUUGUUUUUGAUUCAUCUCCAUCUCAAAGAGCUUCAAGAACAAAUCAUUAUAGUCUGUUUGUAUGAAAAUGAAUAAUGUUGUCUGUCAGUUGAACUGACUGUUCUUUGCUGGCAGUGGUCUGAAAGGCCAGGGUAGGAAAGGUCCAAAGAAUUAACAGGCAGAACAAGAGAUCAAAUUAGGGUUCUACAGUAAUAUGUGCCCCCCCCCCCCCCCCCCUACUUGUGCCUGUAGCCAGCCCUCUGUCUGUAACACAUUCCAUAUUGAUCUGGGUCUCUCCCAGAGCCAUCCCAGGGGCUUCUGUCUGUCUGUGGGAUUCUGAACGCUCCCUAGGCCACGGCCCACAAAUCCAACUCUCUUGACGAGUGACGGCAGGUGCAUAUCAUCACAGGCAGGCGCUAUUACCAGCUGCACCGCACCACAAAACAUUUAAACAGUUGAGCAAACGCUCCCGCUGCUCUGUCCCACUCCCUCCAGCCACCCUUCAAUACCUCAACCUUCACCUUCCCUACAACACCAUUUAAUAGGUGUGGUUACAUACGUAUGUCCUGCCGCCCCUCAGACGCUGUGUAAGGACACACAGACAGACAAGCCUCAAUAACCCUUGCAAGCACGGUAUAGGUCAGAGCAGCAGUACCUUAAUGCUGGGUAGUGUGACCACCACUGUAUGUCAUUCUGACACCAAUACCCAGCCAGUAAAUUUAGUCUGUAAAGUUAUAUUUAGUGAUUGCUUUUACACUCUACCUUGCUGCUCCUCUGUGUUAUUCGUUGUUAAUGGCGACCGUGGGAACGGUUGUCGUGCUGUUCUCCGCUGUUGCUCUAGUGUUUCAAGUUUUAUUUUUGGGGUUUAUUUAUUUAUUUAUUUUUUUGCUGUUGUGAAGCUACAGUGUUUACAGAGAUUCCUGGACAAACUGUCUGAUUUGGGAGACAAACAAAAUGUAGUAAUAGAUAUACGCAAUGUACUAACUAGCGAAAAUAUAAGGAAAUAAACCACUACAGUGAGGGAGAAGUUGAAGUAGUUGAACCACCCUUCGUUUCUAGGAAACCAUACACAACAUUAAUCAUGUGAGCAGAUAUUUAGGAAUAGGUCAUCAUUUCAUGGAGUCUGUGAAGGAAGAAACCACAGAGAAAAAGCAAGUUAGUUCCAAAAAACGGAUUUUCACAAAGUCAAAAAUAUAUUGUCUUAAAGAUUUCAUGAUGCUUGUAUCUAAACCAAGGUUUUAAGACUUUUAUACAUCUGUUGGGGUCUCUAAGCUUCAAUAUGAGGUCCUGAACCUGCAUGAAAGUGCAUCCUUGUAGAGGUGGGGGCUAAUAAAGACUAAAUGUUUGUCUUGGGGUAAGUUUAGCCAAUGGCCACUAUACCCCAUUCAAAUGAUGAUUGCAUUUGGUCAGUUUUAUGCAUACAAACAUAAAACGGGCCCUUGAGAGAAGCCAAGGAAGUGAGAGAAGGGAAGAAGUCCAUUUGAACAGCAGCAAGGGAUGAACAAAUAGACUGAAUAACACUGAAGAGGUACAUGAACAAAAAAGACUAUUAACAUGUACCUGUGUGAAAGAGAGGCUAUGAUGGAGUAGCAGAGACACACCAGGUCUUAUAUGAUGACAUGGAGUCUCAGCUUGAUAAAGAGAGGCUAUGAUGGAGUAGCAGAGACACACCAGGUCUUAUAUGAUGACAUGGAGUCUCAGCUUGAUAAAGAGAGGCUAUGAUAGAGUAGCAGAGACACACCAGGUCUUAUAUGAUGACAUGGAUUCUCAGCUUGAUAAAGAGAGGCUAUGAUAGAGUAGCAGAGACACACCAGGUCUUAUAUGAUGACAUGGAGUCUCAGCUUGAUAAAGAGAGGCUAUGAUAGAGUAGCAGAGACACACCAGGUCUUAUAUGAUGACAUGGAGUCUCAGCUUGAUAAAGAGAGGCUAUGAUGGAGUAGCAGAGACACACCAGGUCUUAUAUGAUGACAUGGAGUCUCAGCUUGAUAAAGAGAGGCUAUGAUAGAGUAGCAGAGACACACCAGGUCUUAUAUGAUGACAUGGACUCUCAGCUUGAUAAAGAGAGGCUAUGAUAGAGUAGCAGAGACACACCAGGUCUUAAAUGAUGACAUGGAGUCUCAGCUUGAUAAAGAGAGGCUAUGAUGGAGUAGCAGAGACACACCAGGUCUUAUAAGAUGACAUGGGGUCUCAGCUUGAUAACGAGAGGCUAUGAUAGAGUAGCAGAGACACACCAGGUCUUAUAUGAUGACAUGGAGUCUCAGCUUGAUAAACAUAUCAAGAAUCUCACAGACCAGUUUCAUGGGCUUAGUAGUCUUUAAUGUAGAGAACUGCCUACGAAACAAUCUCCCUUUCCCAGACAACUGGUCGACAAAUGGAAGGGUAAGUGAUAUUGAACAGAGAGAUCUGAAUGUACACCCCCAUUCCAUGAAUUAAACUUUGACCUACCAGCACCAUCACCCACUGUCACAGGACACCAUCACCCACUGUCACAGGACACCAUCACCCACUGUCACAGGACACCAACACCCACUGUCACAGGACACCAACUAUAUAUUUUUUAGAAGGAAUACUACAUUUCUCUUGAGGUAGUGAUGCUGAAUGUGGAAAAAAAAAAAAUGGCUCAACUUACCCAAUUCUCCCCUAUAGCUUUUGCAGAAUCUGCACAUAGUCUUGUCUAAGAAUGAUCAAAUGUAAGAUUGGAACUUUUCCUUGCAGAUGUUCUACGUAGGUAGGUAGGUGCUCUCAGUGAUGAUGAACGCUGUAGGUGUCCUCCAUUUUUUGCAGAUUUUGUCCAGGUGUUACUGAAAAGAAACCUUGAUAUCACACGUGAUUCAGCUUGUAAUGAACUACGCUAAUGGUGUAGUACACUUGUACUUCAACAUUGGACUGUAUCGCACCCUCACGUCAGCCAGCCAAGUGAAAAAAGUUACUCUAAAAGGGUCUCAUCAUGCACUGACUGUAAAUAUUUAGAAUGUUUCAAAUGAUUUCUUAGUGUAUAGGUCUAUACUAAACCUUGUUACUUUACAACUACUUAGAUAGCUACUGGUGUGUGUGUGUGUGUAGGUGUCUGUCUGCUUGUGCUAACUGUUUGAAUAUUUAUUUAACCUUUUAUUUUUGACAGGGAGUCAUGCUGAGACCAAGGUCUCUUGUACAGAUGAGCCCUGUAUACACAUCAAUAUACACAUCAAUAUACACAUCAAUAUUCACAUCAAUAUUCACAUCAAUACACGAAAAGCAGAACACAAUCAUAGAAAACAAACACAUUCUUCAGUACAAAGGUCCUCAACCAGCCUUUUGAAUUGCUUUAGAGGCACCAAUUCAUCACAUUCUUUUUUAGAUCGAAGGGAUCCAUGAGACCGGGUCUAGUAUCUUGUACGUCUGUCUGUAAGUUAACAAUGAAGAAAAGUAAGGCGGAAGUUUAUGCAAGAGGGCUUUCUAAACAAAAAGAGUGCAAUGCAUCGAUCUACAAGACUUCAGAGAGGGACAGUCUAAUUUCUGAUACAGAAUGCAGUGAUGUGUACUGAACCUAUCGCCCGUAAUAAAGCAGAGUGUGUCCAAUGGCUUCAAUACAGCGGCACCUGCAUUUAUAUGUACAAUGUCUUCCUAGUCUAUAACCGGUAUGAAUGUUGACUGAAUGAUUUGUUUUCUCUUAUCUAAUGAAAGGCAUAACCUAUUCCUAUAAAAUUCAUGACCUAUUCCAUUAUAAUUCUUCAUUUCUUCACUAACUCGUCAACGUGCUUUUUGAAAGAUAGCUUUUUUUCGUCAAUCCAGAUGCCCAGAUAUUUACAAGCGGGGACACGGUCAAUGAGGGCACCAACCAAUGUAAAUAUACAGUAUUUUCAUUCAUCAUCAUAUACAUUAUAACGUGAUUUGGAGAAUAACAUAUACUUGGUUUUGCCUCCAUUAAGUAUGUAAGUACGUACUUAAGUAAGAGUUUGCUCAGACAGUGGUGCUUUGGAGGUUUGAUUUUCAUAGGAAAACAUGAGGUACUGUAUGUGUUAACUCACUAACUCACCCUCGUUGUUAUGGACACAAGAACACUUGUGAUGUAUGUACUGUAAAUGUGAAUAAUGUAUUAUCCUGCCGUUGCAAAAUGUUACCAUGAAUAUAUUGUGUCAACUUCGGACACGUAGCUACAAAAGUACGAGACAUAGUCUUAGAUAUUUACAUAUCAAAAUUAUUUAAUUCCACUGAAAACUUGUCAGUUGCCAAAUGAAAUUACUGUACAUUCUCAGAGAGUUAACAAAGGCAGAAUAUUUUACAGCUGUAAUUUUUAUUAGAAAUAAUAUUUGCUAGAAAUAUUAGCAGUCUGUUUUAAAUGUUAUUUUGUUAAAUGUUUCUUUCCAUGUCUGACAUGUCUGAGAUUAAACCCAUUUGUGUCUGUUGCGUUCUGUGUAGUGAGAGAGCACACUGCCCCCCUCUGGUAAGGCUGUUAACUGGAGCAGGCAGAAGGAUCAGUCAACAUUGUUUUUAUGAUAUUUUCCAGUCCGACGCUUAUUCUCACCUCUGCUGCUCCCCAGCCCUUUUAUAAAGACAGCCUGUUGCUAAGGCCAGUGUCCUACAUUACAGGACAGGACAUUGCACAUGGAUUCCAUGAACAACAUGACAUUUCAUAUGCCCACAGCUGUUGUGCACUGGGAAGCACUGAGGCAGCCAUGAGAAGGACUGACUGGUGGAGUUGGUCUGCAGGGGUUCACACAUCUCUGCUGACAAGGAGACUAGAAAGAUGCAAUGGAAACAGCUGUGUCCAUGCUGGACAGUAACACUCAGUGGACUGAAGGGCAGCUCUUCUCUAUUUCACAGAUCUUGAUCUCCACUGUGGGGAGGAAUGGUGCCUCUGAGCACUGAUCAAAGAAACUGAGUUUACAUUUCUCAAUCGCUACUGGCCUGAUAUGAGUCCCAAUCUAAUGCUCCGGGGAAUGUUGCAUUGCAGGUUCCACACUGUAGCUGUGCCAUGAUGGUAAAACGAUGUACAGUUUCAAUUGCAUACCUUUUAGUCAUGUGAAUCAAUUCUGCAAGUGUAAUGUAUUUCAAACAUUCUGUAUUUGCUAUUACCUUAUAGAGCAGGGGUAUUCAACCGAGGGUCCACGGCCUCCUAGGGGCCCACAGAGGUGCUGCUGGCGGUCUGCAAAAUAUAUAUACAAUUUUAUAUAUAUAUAUACUGUAUAUAUAUAUAUAUAUAUAUAUUUGUAAAAAUAUUUUAAUGAAUGUCCUGAGCAACAACAGAAUAAACAAAAUUAGAAUGUCAUACCUACAGUAGAAAUAGGAGAAUAUCUUAUUUCUUAUGAUGGUAAUUGUAUUUCUUAACUCCUAAUAUUGAGCGAAUUACAUUCAUUAGAGCCAAUUACACUCAUGCACCUGCAAAUCAAAUCAAUUAAAUCAAAAAUGUAUUUGUCAUAUGCUUCGUAAACGACAGGUGUAGACUAACCGUGAAAUGCUUACUUACUGACACCUUCCCAACAUUGCAGAUAGAAAAACACAGAAAAUAAUAACACAAUGAAUAAAUAGACAACCGAUGUGGCAGUGUUGCUGGCUGCUGCUAAGUUUUCAAGACAUGGACAUAAAUGUUUUGCCAUCACAUGGCUAACCCUUGUUUAACCAGCUAAACAGCUGCUCUUAGAAAAAAUGGGUUUGGAGUUACCUUUCUAACUAAUAGGCUAGAGUUUACACUUCCUUUUCUAAUUAUAAUGUGGGAAGGUCAAAAUAAUGAAAAACUAUCUACCAACUUUAUUCAUUUGAAAAUGUUGAUUACUUCUUACUUCACCUGAUGAUAAGACAUGUGAUAGAUAUUUUUUUGCUAAUGUACAGUACCAUUCAAAAGUUUGGAUGCAGUUUUUCUUUAUUUUUACUGUUUUCAACAUUGUAGAAUAAUAGUGAAGAUAUCAAAACUGUGAAAUAACACAUGGAAUCAUGUAGUAACCAAAAAAGUUUUAAACAAUUGAAAAUAUAUUUUAUAUUUGAAAUUCUUCAAAGUAAACACCCUUUGCCUUGAACACUCUUGGCAUUCUCUCAACCAGCUUCAUGAGGUAGUCACCUGGAAUCCAUUUCAAUUAACAGGUGUGCCUUGUUAAUUUGUAGAAUUUAUUUCCUUAAUACGUUUGAGCCAAUCAGUUGUGUUGUGACAAGGUUGGGGUGGGUAUACAGAAGAUAGCCCUAUUUGGUAAAAGACCAAGUCCAUAUCAUGGCAAGAACAGCUCAAAUAAGCAAGGAGAAAUGACAGUCCAUCAUUACUUUAAGAUAUGAAGGUCAGACAAUAUGGAACAUUUCAAGAACUUUGAAAGUUUCUUCAAGUGCAGUUGCAAAAACCAUCAAGCGCUAAGAUGAAACUGGCUCUCAUGAGGACCGCCACAGGAAUGGAAGACCCAGAGUUACCUCUGCUGCAGAGGAUUAGUUCAUUAGAGUUACCAGCCUCAGAAAUUGCAGCCCAAAUAAAUCAUAGGAGUGGGUGGCUGGUUUACUUGGGAGGGGGUCCCCGGUUUACCUGGGAGGGGGUCCCCGGUUUACCUGGGAGGGGGUCCCGGUUUACCUGGGAGGGGGUCCCGGUUUACCUGGAAGGGGGUCCCUGGGCAAGAAAUGGUUGAAGACCCCUUGUUGUAGAGCCACGGCUUCUUUCUGCAUUGUUCCACUUUAUCAGUGCGUGGGUCUGCUGCUGCCAGCCAGUGUUAUGAUUACUGUAUAUAUUAUCAUAAACAGAAGUGUUUUAUCUGGUAACUGGAGAGACCUGUGCUACUGACCAAGAAUACAAUCUGGAGGUGACAUAUUUCCCAUGCUGCAUGUCAGUCACACAGUAUGGUGUAAGUAAUCUAGCACCAUUCCCUGUUGUUCAAAAAUAUCUACUGUAUCGGCAUUGAUGUUUUAUUUAUUUUUUACAGUGGUCAUUGUGUAUGUGUACAUUUCGGUUGAACUAAUGUGAUAUGGUAUUUGUAUUUAAUAAAUCACUUGUGUAAUAUA